GUCGCUCCAUCCGGGGGUCCGAGACCCGCCGCUCCGCCUGAGGGCCCGAGACCUGUCGCUCCAUCUGGGGGUCCGGCACCCGCCGCUUCGCCUGAGGGCCCGAGACCUCGCCCGCCGCUCCGCCCGGGGGCCCGAGGCCUGUCGCCCCGCCCGGGGGCCCGAGGCCUGUCGCCCCGCCCGGGGGCCCGGUGCCUGUCGCCCCGCCCGGGGGCCCGGUGCCUGCCGCCCCGCCCGGGGGCCCCGGCCUGCCUGCCGCCCCGCCCGGGGGCCCGGUGCCUGCCGCUCCGCCCGGGGGCCCGGGCCCGAUGUGCCUCUGCCCGGAGUCCUGCCCGAUGUGCC